CCACAUGUCCACCUUGAAAUAUCUUAUUUAAAUAUCUCCGUCCUUUAUUCUGUCUUUCUCUUCAACUCAGCAGCUGUGAGCACUGACUGAGCCACCUACUUCUACUUAUGUGUUCUUUUUUCCCUCAACAACUCCCCAUUUAUUCUCUCUCAUUCAGGUGAACAGCCUCAACUUCCAUUUGUUGCCCAGAAAGUAGGUGGUCAGUUCUCCAAUUUCUUUCUUUUGAUCCGUGUAAGAAAAGAAGAUAAACAAUUGUGAGCCGGCAUGGCGACUACAGCCCAGCUUAGGUUCUCCCCCCUCUCAAAGACACAAGAUGUUGCUGCUGCAAACAUUCACUCAUCAAACCGAACUUUUUCUCGUUCUUCAUUAAUCCGUUUCCCUCGCCCAUCAAACAUCUCAAUCAAUUCUCGUUGCCCUGAAAAUUUAUCACUAUCUCUACUGCAAUCCAAAUCUUCCAAGCACAAAUUUUCUGUGAAUGCAGAGAUAUCAACCGACUCUGGUGGAAAUGGUGGCAGUGGGAUCGGUAACCGUAAUACAGGUGGGAGUGGAAACAAUGGAGGGGAUUCAAAUUCUGGUGGACUUAAUAAUGAUGGGGAUGGCGAUUCUGAAAAUCAUUCUUCUUCAGCAUCUAAUUUUGGAUUUCUCGGAUUUUUACUGAAUGGAUGGAGAUCCAGAGUUGCUGUGGAUCCACAGUUCCCAUUCAAGGUUUUGAUGGAAGAAAUUGUAGGUGUGAGUGCAUGUGUUCUUGGAGAUAUGGCAUCUCGUCCUAAUUUUGGACUUAACGAGCUCGAUUUUGUUUUCUCCACUCUUGUUGUUGGAUCGAUUAUGAAUUUUGUUCUGAUGUAUCUGUUAGCCCCAACAAUGGGUACAGCAUCUUCUACUCUUCCUGCCAUCUUCGCUAGCUGUCCAACGAGCCAUAUGUUCGAACCAGGGAUGUUUUCUCUUCUCGAUCGAUGCGGGACGUUUGUAUACAAAGGAGUCGUUUUUGCGGCAGUUGGGUUUGCAGCUGGACUUGCUGGAACUGCAAUUUCAAAUGGAUUGAUUCUAAUGAAAAAGAAGAUGGAUCCUAGUUUUGAGACACCCAACAAGCCUCCACCUACAAUUCUGAAUGCUAUGACUUGGGCAGGUCAUAUGGGUUUUAGCAGUAAUUUGAGAUAUCAGACUCUUAAUGGAAUCGAAUAUAUGCUAGCAAAGAGUCUUCCUCCGGUAGGGUUUAAGGCUUCAGUUAUCGUCCUGAGGUGUUUGAAUAAUAUUCUUGGAGGGGUUUCAUUUGUGGCUCUGGCAAGGUUAACGGGAUCACAAAAGACCGGAGAAAGUCAGGUUGAUAUUAUAAAUGAAGGAGAGGAGGAUGAAGAAACAACACUACUUGUAGAGAAGGUUAAGUUGGUUGAGGAGAAAUGAGUAGGAGUACCACGGUAACCAUUCCACUUGUGAGUUCGUAUUCCAUCUUCAUGCUUUCCAUAUUUAGUGUAAAGCUUUUAUUGUCUUACAUAGAGAUUUUUGGCAGGCAGUAGAGUUCUAUUAGUGAGAUGCUGUUUUUUUUUUCCUUCUAAAAUUUAGAGUGUAAUUUGAUCCCACUUUUACAAGCGGCAUUGAAUUCUGUUUGAUGAGUGAAUAAAUCUAUAAAUUCUUCACUGUUUAGUUCUUU